AGUAGGCACAUUAGAAAGAAAAAACCAGUAGUACCGAAACACCACUUCGUUCCAGUUCAAUUUCAUUUUCAUUCGACAAAUUUUUUUCUUCUUCAAAAUCAAAAUAUGGAUAACAAUUCAACGAACAUAACCGAUGCAGAAAUUCAAAUGCUUAACGGGCGCUGUGUUAUGAGCGCCUUAGAUUCCCUAAAAAAUCAUGCAACAGAAAACGAAAUAUGCAACUACUUUCAAGCGGCCAGCGGCGGACCAACGGAUGUCGUUCAACAAGAAAUAAAAAGAAUAUUGGAACUUGGCGUCAAAAAUGGAUUUAUCGUGCGAAACGGCGACAAAUAUGUACUGACGAGCCUGGAAAGCGAGUAUCAAAUAGACGGUGAUGAUGAUGACGAAGACGUGGAGUUUGUCUCCCCCAAAAUUCCGCGUUAUGAAGUCUACUCAAGUCCAACAGCAGAUGAUAUGGGUAGGGGAUACAGAUCCAUUGCACGACAUUCUACAGUUCCACGAACGCCACCUCGUAAACGUAAGUACACUAAACGGAAGCCAGAACCAACGGACCGAGUCACUCGAUCCUCAAGUAGAGUGAGGGCUAGCCCAUCCAAGGCUAGCACUACAUCAAGGGCGAGUACCACAUCAAGGGCAACUCCAGCUAAAAAACGGAAAGUAGCGGCUAAACCCAGACCGCCGACGAAAUUCAGUUCAAGAACAGUGGCGAAAGGAAAGGGUGGCGGUAGAGGUCGUGGACGGUAGCUUUUUUUGCCUUCAAAAUUUGUUUGUCAUCGAAAAUUGUUUGUGUGAAUGUAUUUUGUGAAAAUAAAUCGUUUUCUCGAUUACGGA